AUGCCUCCAAGCUCACUUGACUUUCCUUCACCAUCGCUGCCUUCGCAGCAGCAGAUGGCUCUCGCUAUCGCCGUCAUUCGAAGCAAACCCGCUGGAAUGAACCUGCGAGAUCACAUUGCGCAGCUACGGGCUCACAUCAAGCGUGGCCAAGACCCUUUCGAGAGAGCGAAUCCAGGCUGCUAUAUUGACCAAGUCGCGUAUUGGAAGGAGCGAUGCAAACAAGCCGAGGACGAACGCGACAGACUAUCCAAUGUCAAUGUAAAACUUGAACGAUCGAACAAGCUGCUUUCAUCUCUAUCCAGCAACAUGGGAAGCGUCGACACCAGUGUGCGUGCUAGGACAGGAUCGCCAGCCCGGGAUUUGAAGCGACCAAAGCAGACACAAAAACGAGCACUGGACCCAGUUGCUUCCGCACAAGAAACAGUGGAUAACGACUUGGAUUUCUUAGAAGUUCUAGGAAAAGAUGGAAUCACGCUCAUGGAGGCCUUGUUCAAGCUUCACUCGUUAUGCAGAGUCACUGAUCCCGAUCCCGACACACUCUGCACAAAUCUGGUUCGCAGCGCCUCAGCUAUAGGCAAGAUGAUACUUUUUGUCGCGCGGAACUUUGAAUCUCUCUCACGUCAGGGACACAAGAAUUCCGGGCCGACUUCACUAGACAAGGACAAGUCCGACUUUGCAAACGCACUCUCGGUGUGUGCAAGGGCGUUUAUGUCGAUAUUGGUCGGGGCAGACAAGCUUGUGAAGACGGAAUCUGACAAGCGAUUAGAAAGCUUGGUGGUUUGUGAACUCGCAGGAAUGUUCAAAACGGCACUUUGUGCGAUUGAGACAUCCGCUCAGCUUACUGCACAAAGUGUUCUCUCACAGCCGCCUGGACCGAAAAGAAGCAAAGCAAAGGCAUGUUCCAAUGCCGUCAAGGAGUCGGCUCCGGCCAGAGCGGUUGCUCAUCUUCUGAUUAGCUUUCUUGGCUUGCUGGAAAAGAGUGACGCACUGCACCAGAAGAUAUUCGACGGCUUUGUCUUUGUUCUCUUUGAGCGUGUUGGCAAACGGCUCUACUAUUCAACCUUUGGACAGCAUCGCACCUCUUCUGUCGAGAGAAAUAUUCUACCAGUACCUGAAGUAGAAGAUGCGGUUGGCAUCUUGAAGCGUGACUGCGAUGCUCUGGCGAUGCGUCUGGAGGCAAGAGCACUGAUUCUGAUCCUGGAGCGCGCGAUGGGCCUGGCGCCAAAUCAUAUGAACUCACAAAAUAUGCGGGCAUCUCAAGCACCCAGUCGAGCUUCCCGCACAAUGAGUAUCAAAGCCAUUGCCACCACCUCAAGAGCACGUCUGAGUCCGCUUGCCAAGGACCGUCUGCAGCGGACUCUGAUUGCAUGCAUGUACGGACACGACUCGAGCGACGAGUUUCUAGACGUUCUCACGAAGCCCAUGGCCCAGAUGCGUCUCGGCGCAAUGCAGAAUGUAGCCAGAGUGGAGGAUGAAGACGUAGAGACAUGGUACAAGGAAGAAGUGUGGCGGCUUGUUGGGUGGGAUAUUCUUGCACGUGAGAGCGCAUGGUAA